ACGGCCGUGGGCCACCAGCAUUUUGCCAAACACCAUUAAAAUAUGGAAUGAAAACAUCGGCUAAAGGCCAGAAAAAAUCGGCAGUAAGCCAACAGCGUUUACGUCAAAUUUUAAACUUAAAUAAAGCAUAAAACAAACGGCACUGAGCCACCGGCAUUUUUGCCAAACAACAUUAAAACAUGGAAUGAAAACAUCGGCUAAAGGCCAGAAAAAAUAGGCAGUAAGCCAACAGCGUUUACGUCAAAUUUUAAACUUAAAUAAAGCAUAAAACAAACGGACGUGGGCCACCAGCAUUUUGCCAAACACCAUUAAAAUAUGGAAUGAGAAACGUUGGCCAAAGGCCAGAAAAAGUCGGCAAUGAGCCAACGGCGAUCACACCAAAAUAUUAAAGUUAAAUAAAACAAUGGCCUAAAGGCCAUAAAACGAAACGGCACUGAGCCACUGGUAAUUAAGUAGUCCAAGUAAUUAAAAUAGUGAAAAUGCUAUGUCAGAAACAUGAAGAAAAAAAAAGCUACAUCACUUCAAUAAGUGAAUUUUGAACAACAACAAAAAACUGAACCAGCAAAUUGACAAAGGGUAAAAUAGUCUUGAACAGAACAUAUUAGGGAACAUAACAAUUAAUCGAAAUAAAAUGUCUUUGCCCACCAAAGUUAACCACUACUUAAAGUAGAGGCUGAUGCCAGACAUCUUGAAGCAGUUAUUAAGCGAGUUUGCGAAAGCUUGAUAUAAACUUGAUAGGCCUCACUUGACCAGCGACCAAGUGCCUUUAUCAGAUAUUCAGGGAAGCCUAAAGAGGCAGCCGUAGAAGCAGCCCCUACACGAAAGGUGUGCAGCGUGAAACGACCAUUCCAGCCAGCUGAUAAUAAAGAUUUCUGUAGCCAACUGUUAAGUCUAUUCUUAGUCAAGAAGGCACCAUUCGAAAACAGGAACAGUGGACCAGACCUUUCUCCACGAAGACGAAUAUAUGUCAUAAGGGCUGUUACUGGACAUUGUCAGAACGGGCAAGUAAAAUUGAGCAACCUUUGCCAAACUGAUCUAUCUUAGACCUGGACAAUGCAAUAGAUACAACUGAUGGAACAGGCAUCUUGUCUACAGAUAUCUUAUCAAGAGAUAAAUGCAACCCUUCUGAAAAAUGGUUUGAAGGGACAGUAAAUUCGGCUGCCCUUAAGAACCCGAAAAAGGCAGUACAACAUGCAGCCCAAAGCAUAGCAUCGUCAAAUUUUGUCAAAUCUAACUGCACUUUGAUGGUAUGUAAAAUCAAGGCGGCAAUUGGAAGCUUAGUUGCUGCGGCAUUUGAGCUUUUCACUCUUCGCAAUCCUCUUACAACUAAAGGAAUACGAUGAAGGUUUUGUAAAGGAUCCGGGUAUCCUUCCGCUAUAUGUAAAGCUCAAACAGCGGCGAGAUAAACUUUCAGAGUUGAAGCUUGACACGUUUUGCCAGCUUUGCCAAUAAAACGCAGCAGUGUAAGCUCAGAAGCAGGACAGGGAGAACCAUUGUCGUGUAAAAAUUCAUUUUGCUGGCAAAAGGUAAUAAAUUGCUUUUGAGCAGACGAAUAGGUUUUCCUGGUAUUUACUGACAGUGACUGUGCUAGGAGUGUUUGCCAUGACUCGUCCAAGGUGGAAACAGCAGAUGCUGAAGGAGACCCUCUGGGAUUGCGAUGGAACUUGUAUCCGCAGUUGGGACAGCUCGAAAGAAAGCCUGAAAAUCAGAACGUGACAAUGCAUCAGCUUGUUCAUUACGGGCACCAGGAAUAUGUAUUGCAGUAAAUGUAAAUGAAUGCAAAAUGGCUAGUAUUGUCAACUCCCUCAGCAAGAAAGCCAGGUGGCGGUCCUUACAACUGCCUUGUCUUAAUAAGAGGACUACAGCCAUGUUAUCACAGCGAAAAGCUAUGCGCUUCCUGGACCAAGUGUUUCCCCAAAUAUGGGCCGAAAGAACGAUAGGGAUCAGCUCUUUUGAAGCAAUAUUGAUAGAUAAAGCCUCAAUUGGCCAAACGCCUGCAAACCAAUGAGUCUCAUAAAUGGCUGCAAAACCGAUGCUGCCUGCAGCAUCAGAAGUCACAGAUAUUUUCGGUGCAUUUUCCCAAGUAGGAAAAAAAAAUAAGCUUUUGCCAUUCCAAGAUUGUAGGAGCUUAAACCACCAUUUAAUAUCAUCUUGUUCCCAGCAUGACAGUUUAACAAAAUGAUGAAAUUCCGACACAGAAUGAGCACGAUCAAUUAAACGUCUGAGAAAGGGCCUUCCUAACACAAUUGCCUGGCAACAAUGCUGCAAAAGGCCAAUUAACGAAAGUAAUUCACGCUUUUUUCCAGUUUUGCGAUUUUUCCAAACAGAAAGCUUAGCACGAACUUGGACAAGUUUUUCUUGAGGCAACUGCAAUUCUUGUUUAACAGAAUCAAGCUUGAAACCUAAAUAAGUAAUGCAAGUUGAAGGACCCUCUGUUUUAUCCUGAGCGAUGGGGACACCCAAUGUCUCACAAAGCGAGAAACAUGCCUCGAGAUGUCGCUUACAAAUAUUGGAAUUUGGAGGACCAACUAAGAAAAAAUCAUCCAAAUAAUGUUGAAGGUUUGAGACACACACCUCAUUCUCCAAUAAAAAUUGCAAGGCAUCAGGGAAACGGGUAAAAAUCUUUGGAGCAGAGCGAAGACCAAAACGGUAGUGCUAAAUCAAUGUAGAAUUUACCCUGCCAUUGCAUACCAAGCAUAUGGCGCUGCUGAGAUUUAACUGGUAGCAACCUAUAAGCACGGCGUAUGUCGAAUUUUGCAAGCAGUGCCCCUUUUCCCAGUGGAAUAAUCAAGUCAAUAGCCUCUGGAAUACCUGUAUAUGAGACCUCUGCUUGCGAGUCAGGUAUCAAGUCGUUAACACUACAAUGGCGUGGAAAAGAUAAAUCUGUAAUUAAGCGAAAAGUGCCAGGGGUACUUUUAGGAAUAACUCCAAAACGAUUUAUAUGCAAAUCUGAAUAAGGAGGCACAUCUAGUGGGCCUAACAUAGUACCAAAGUCUGUUUCUUCUUGGAGAUAAUUAGUAAUAAUAUGUGGUUGAGUAGAUGCACUCAGGCAAUUUCUAGUUGCUGAUUUAAGUACACCAUCAGAAGUACCGAUAUCAAAACCAAAGCGGAGGCCACGUAAAAGCCAUUGUUUAUCUUGAUAAUCAUAGUUAGACAGCAGUAAAUUCCAAAAAUAAUAAUUAAGUGGUGAUAUGGCAAGAGGCAAUGGCAGCGAAUAUAAAUUCCUGUCAACAGUAAGUAAUUCCAGUGGGGAGAGUCACUUGGGUUGGGCUCUCUUGCGUGAACCUUGUGGUGCUGGCCCGCCACUAAAAUUAGAUUCAGAUACCGCUGGGGGAAGACAUGGGACCUGUGUUUGACAGUUUUUCUUUUUGUGGGCACCACAACAAACAGAACAAACAUUAUGAGCAUAACGACAGCGUGCCAUUGUGCAUUCACCAUCAUUCCACUUAAAACAGGGGAGAGAGCUCUUUGAAGCAGUCAUGCUAUUUCCCUCUCUUAUGCUGUUCUUUAGUGAGCCUUGGCUUAGAACGGUUGUCAUCCAAAGGGUAGGAAUAACCUCCCCCCAAUUUUCUGAAGGAUUGUUCACUACCUGUUUACGAAAAGCUGCAUCAUAUUCAAGCCAACCAGACCCUGGGACAUCCCUAGACGCUGUGGAAAGCAACAGAAAAUAGCUAAUGAGGCUGGAAAUAUUUGCUGUGGCAUCCUUUGCCAAAACACCCACAUAGACUGCCCAUGCUUCAGACCAAUCUGCAAAUGUGGUUAUAUUUUGCAGAUCAGAACGGAGCAGCUUGGACAGUUGGAAUUGACUAGGCUCCUCAGUUGGCAGCUUCUUCAAAUUCUUAGGCCCGAGUAAAUUAAAGUCUACAUAUUGACCUGCCUGAAUUUUUGAAACCAAAUAACCUGGCACUGGCUGCACAGCAGUAGACACAGAGCAUGCGACCUGUGUGUUAGCUGCAGACUGAGGCACCAUAUUAAUAGGCUCAACAUUUACUGAGCAGGUUGGGUUAUCAAAAACCAUGCUAGGGCCCUGAGCAAGCAAAGAUGAACACUGAGGAGGAGGAAUCACUUUCAAAAACGAAGGGGCAGACGCAGGAUGCUCCUAGCUUUCAGGUGGCGGGUUGACAUUAUCAGCACGAGUUGCUAGGCCACUUUAUACUUCGUAGUUCAACUGUGUCUCUGGUAAAACCACUUCACUUUACAAUUGAAAUGAACAAAAUCCUAAUCCAAGGUAGCCGCACGGCUAAUAACGAAAACUGAAAUCCAAUUGAACUGGGUUUCCCAAAAGUAAUAAAAAUCCAAGAAAACAACGCUUGAAACUUUAAUCUUGACUUUCUAGAGGUUAGAUCACCAUGUGACUGGAAGAUCGUGCCACUCAGCACGACAUGUCAAGUGACCCAAACCCAUGCUCCUCCCUGGUGGCAUUAACUGCUGUUAAACCUCUGCGCGUCUAACAGAUAUUACCCAAUGUCAAACUAAUGACCAAGCUUAAGAGUUCUGCAUGUCAUCUUUGAUGAAUUCUUUUCUGAAAAAUUUUCUUAUUGUGCUACUAUUUCAAACGUUGAGACAUAUUUCUAACUGUGGGUGGAUGACAGCAAAUAGGUACAUAUCAAUGUUGCAAAAAUAUACAAAAAACACCAGGCUGAAAGUGUACUUCCAGAGAAAAACCUGUACGCAAGGGUAGCCUGUUUUUUCUCUCAGCUUCUCUUUGUGGAAUUAUCAUUCUUUAAAAAUUUGUCUAAUGUGUGCAAAUAUUUUGUUUGGUGUUACUGAGGUAUCAUCAUUGGAAAUGUGGUAGUUUUUCAAAAAACUGUUUUUAUCUGUGAAUAUCUGGCUGAUAUCAUCUUUCUUGUCUUUAAGUCAGUGGAUGGCCAAGUAGAUCUACAAGAAGUACUCAUUCAGUUUUGGAGGGUUGACUUGAAAGGAUUUUGCAGUGUUGUUGCCAUACAAGCUUGUUAAAGCAUUUCUUAACAAUGCACCAACAACAUAAAAUUUUCCAACAGAACUGAGGCCAAUCUUGAGAUUUUUUCAUGAAAUCCAAAAACUUGAAGUAGUUGAUGAUGUCCCCAAACAGCCAUUCAACAGAAAUUCGGACUUCGCUCAUUGAUUGGUUAAAAGCCAGCUCAUUUGGUGCGAGUUCUGCUUUUCUUGCAAACGGUCACUGGAUGUGAACAGGAUGUGGGUAAGCAGGGUCACUAUAAAUGCAAAGAGCAACACCAUCUGGGGAAGAGGAGGGUUGUUCCAGCUGCUCCAAUAAACCAGACAUUACAAGCAGCCUGCUGUCAUGUCUUCUACCUUCAACAGGUCCAAAAAGGUUAGCAAUCAUGCCAUUUUGAGCCCCAACUGAUUGAAACUUGAGUGCAUGAACCCUUUGCCCAUUGUAGACAGCUCUUUGAUUCCUGGUUGGCCUGCAUAUAGGCCUGAAAGUGCCAUUAAAAACCCCCAGCAUUUGUCAAAUGCAGCACCUUUGUUGUGUACUGCAUCAGCAAAUGACUGGAGACUCUAUUGAAGGCCAUGGUUGGUUCAGGUCGCUCAGUAGAUUGGAAAACCUGUCGAAGAUAUCAUCAACUACCAAGUUGAAGAUCAUGCAUAGCUGCGGAACAGGCUUUCCGAAACUUGGGACUAAAUCCGUGUAGCGACAGGGAUACACGAAACGCUUCAAAGAGACAUAAACUGCCGAACGGCGUCUACAAUUACACCAUUAAACCUCUGGCAGAUGAAGGGCUUGUACAAGGUUGUAGAUGUCCUGUUUCUUUAAGCCCAUUUCAACAGAGCACUCCUCUUCGGCCAUAUCUUCCAAACUAAAACGCUCAUCCAGGAAGCAUUUACUACAAGACCAGCUUUUAUAACAAGCUGGUUUUCAUGUUGAUUUUCGGCAAUAUACUUCUGUAAAGCAACUUGGCCAACCAUAAGUUCUGAAAGAGGUUUGUUCCUAUUCAAAAUUUGUUUUUCAUCUGUGAAAUGCUGCAAAGAGAUUUGGCAGAUUUUGUAAAUGAUCUUUGAAUUGUGCUGAAAUGGUCUUAAUUACCAAUCAAUUUUCAUCAUUACAAUAGUAUUAUUAUUCUCUUCAAUGAUUCAUGAUACAUUUGUGUGUCAGUCUCAAUCGUAAGAAGCCUCUUAACCUUAAACGAAGUAUUAACACCAAUUUAUUUCAAUUCUUAUUUCCACUUGCUAGUCCUUAUCUUGUUUUCUACACAAAGUUUACCUUCAUUUGAUGCAUUUGGUUUCUUUUUCUAGAGUCUAUGAUAAACUUUUCGGAAAAUAUGGUCCGAAUAUUGACAUGAAUUAUACAAUGUGAUUGCCUGGCUGUCCCUCGGCUGAACUGCAUUUAUGCAAGAAAAUUUGUGUAUAAAUGAUAAUGAGAUGAAAAGUUGUUCCGGGAACAAUGAAUGUUACCUUUGAUGGUUUUAAUCCCUUUUGUCAUCAUUCUGAAAACGUUUCCAUGACUCUCCGCCAAAUGACGGUGCAAGUCUUUUAUGAAAAAGCAUUUGUGAGUGCAGGUGAGGCAUAUACAUCCACCUUCCUCGGCUGAGUUGACUGCUUUGGGUCCAUGUUUGGAAAGGGAUGUGUCUACGAAGGUUAAAACUUCUUUAGGUUGAAUUUUAGCAACGUUUGCAAUGCAACACUUGACUUCUCUUUUCCUUCAGUGUACUUUGCAGCAAAUCAUUGUUUUUAUUUUGGUCCAAUUCUGGCACGUUAUUAUUAUCAGUGAGAGGAAGACACUUUGGUUGCACAGGAUCCUUGGAAUCAUCGGUCGAAAACUCUACCAAUUCUGCAUCGUGUUCUUCCAGUGUUUCAAUUGACAGCUCCAAAAAAUUAACAGCAAGAUCAUUGUUAAGAACGGCAGUCAGAAGAUUUCCUUCAUCACAACAUUUCCUUCAUUUAUCCAAGCCAUGAUUACUUUUCUAAGAUGCUUUACCAAUCAGGUAGGGUUGGCAAGGAAAAUGUCUGAAUCUUUGUCGUCAGCACCAUGUUUACAUUCCAUCAUUCUGGUAAAGUAGCCAGGUUGUAAACAAGCAACAGACAACAUCAUAGCUGCAAUAACAUCACAGAUAUUGCCAUCUCUUUGCAGUGGAUAGUGCUGCAAAUAGGUCUUGGAGCAAUGCUGAGCAUGUCCCGAGGAUGAGGACGUAUGACAUUCAAUAACAUACAUCUCUGGCCUAUCUUUUUUAAAAUAGCUACGAAAAAUCCUUGAACCUCAUCUUUCAGCUGCUCUGGAGGGGGCCAUCCAAGCAAAUCUCUGUAAAUUAUAGCAUUUUUCUAAAAAAUACAUUAAUGCCAAAAAGAGAAGCUUUGUUUUACAGACUUAUGAAACAAGAGUCAUAAAAUAAAAAAGCAUAAUUCAAAAUGUUAAUAAAUUAAAACAUUUUUAGUUUACUUAGAUUACUGACAUAUUGCAAUUGAAAAUUGUUUUGAUGCCAUCCACCUCAAGAUUAUGUUAACUUGUUCAAUUGAAAGUUAAUCCCAUCUUCUAAACAGCACAGAUGCCUUCCUUUUCCGUGCUCAGACAAAGUGUUAAUACACUAAAAGGUACCAAAUAAGCUGCAGACUUUACCCAACAAACACCUGUAAGCACAAUACUUUGGCCAAACUAUAAGGAAGCUUUGACCAAAGAUUCUACCAUAAGGAAUUUUCAGGGCAGCAAGUCUUUACCAAGAACUAAGAACAUUGAUUUUUUCAUGUUUAUCUCUUCUCUCGCACAAUAAAGAACCCAAUUUAUUAAUUUUGAGUUUCUUCUCUGAUCUGCUCACAAAUUAACUGCCCCUCCCUUCACUUUGGCAACCAAAGGUGAUAACACAACUAAUGAAAAACCCAUAUUAAAGAGGGGAAAGAGUUUUACAACGCGAAAGAGUUUUAAAUGGGUCCUUUGUCAUUAAUAAAAUUGCAAUUUCUAGGUGUUCUUGUGGUCACUGUCAGAUCAUGCCAAAAGCCACCGAAUGCAUCUGCUGCCAGGAAAUCCCAGAAGUCAGUCAGAAGCUUGAAAAAAUUGGCGAAUGUGAUCAAGGGAAUGACAAGAGCAGCUGCAUAACAGAUACUGAUGCUCUCUGUGCUGUAUGCUUGAAUAAAUGGGUUCUGCAAACUGCAUUUUAUCAGUAUAUCUAUCAGUACAACGACCAUUAUGAAGAUCUUCAGCAUAAAAAAAACAGGCAUGUUGCAUAUCGCCAGCUUGCCAGAUGGUGCUAGGGCUUUCUUGGUUGGGAGAUACAGGUUGUCCUGCCUGCUUGUGCUGUCUGUUGUAUCGGAGUGUCACGAUACCCCCUUUUUCUUCAUUCAUUUAGAUAUAUUUUUUUCAUUCUAUUGUCAUCAAAUAGUUUGGUUCUUUUAGUUUAGCUGAUCUUUCUGAAUCAGUUUAAUGACUAACUUCUUUUACAUUGUUUCAGCUCUACCUACGUCUUAUUCUCGUUUUCUUUCCUUUACCGUAUCUACUUUUAGUACAUCACUUGGUUGUUUUUCUUACAUUGUAUCAUUGCUAAAGCUUAUAUCAUGUUAGUCACUUUUCCUGUUUUUCUAAAAUAUUAUUGGUUAAGUUUUUCACAUGUUUCCGCGUAGCUUUUUAAUUGAACAGUAGUUUGUAAUUAGAAUUUAACUUAGCAAUGUUGAUUGAAUGAAAAUGUUAAUGUGAAACUUUUAUUACAUCUUGUAGUUUUCUAUACCGCUCAAGCCUGAUUGCCCUUCACAAUUGGUGACAGUUGGCUGGAAUUUUUGAUUAAAUAGGGCCUAAGUGAAUGAAUAUUUAGGUACCUAGCCUUCAAUGGUCAGCAACAGAAAUUGAGCCACUAAGGAUAAGAUUGACAAGGAUGGCAACUGAGGAAAAUGCAUCACCUGGCCCCAGCACAUCGCAAUGAUUUGACCCUUCUUUUGGAAGCAAGUCCAUUUUGAUGCAGCCCGACAAAUUUUAUGGGUAUCCCAAUGACGACAUGAUUGAUUGGUUCGCAUCGUUUGAGAGGAUUGCGAGAGCCAACGAAUGGGAUGCAGAAAAAUCCGGUAGAAUGGUUUCUGCGUUUUUGAGGGGUCCUGCUGGAGACCAUUUUGAAAAAAUAGAAGAAGUAGACAAGACGAAUUUCCGCGUAAUCAAGCAAUUGCUGAUUGACUGAUUCAGCCUGGCAGAUAUGAGGAGGUCUGCAUAUAGCUCCUUGGCUGGAAGGAAUCAAGGAAAGAGGGAAAGUGUGAACAAAUUUGCUUCAUUCAUUCCAAGAUUGGUUUUACUGUCUUUCCUGCCUUAACGAGCUAAUUGAAAUAACAGCCUGUGAGCAUUUCAUUUUGGGACUAAGACCACAAUUAUUGAAAAGAGUCACGAUGGCGGAUCACAAAACAUUCAAUGAUGCCAUUAGAAUUGCCCUAAGAGAAGAGAGUAUGGAGGAAACUGAAACAGUUUGUGCUGAGGAAACACAAACUAAUGGGCAAGUCAAAGAAAUUAUUAGGCUGUUGACAAAGAUAUUAAACGAAAAAGGACCCAUAAGUAACAAAUAUUUUGACCGUAGAAAGAAUUAUAAUGGCACCAAAAAUAAGUUUGCAAGAGAUGGUUGUCCCAUCUGCAGGCUAUAUAGAAAGAUAUUGCUGGAAAAAGUAUCCUAAAAGCAAGCCUGGUGCAAAUAAUUUCGUCAAGAAUACGGAAAACUAGAACCUGCUGCUGCACAUAGAGGUCAGCCAGGAGUAAUUUCAAAACCUCUACUGGUUCUUAAUAGAGAGCAAUAUUCUCCUUCUGUUAAAGAAAAUGAUUUUUAUGAUUAUGAUAAUUAAAGUAAAGAUUUUAUACAACCUUUAGAUGUAUCUCGUAUGACGCAAGAGAUAUUAUUAUGUGGCCCAGCAAGUAUUAUUGAUGGUUUUAAUCAUGACGUGCCCACAAAAAUACUAGUUGAUAUGGGUGCGUCCAUGAGCAUUGUCAAUCAAAGAAUUCAACAGACGCAGUUUCCGCAUGUUGUUCUCCACCCAGGGAUUGUGAAUGCUACGGCCGUCAUGGGGGAUCCUGUUAAGUUUAAGUUGUGUUCUCCGAAUCGCUACAGUUAGAGAAAAAAGUAGUAUUCCAGGAUUUUUAUGUAUUGCUGGGUUUUCAGGACAAUUGUGUGCUUGAUACAGAUUUUCUUGCGCGGGCAGGCAUAUCCAUUAAUAUGUCAGACCGAACAUUGAAAUGGAAUUCUGAGACAAUUUUCUUUGCCACAGAUCCACCGGGCACUGUUUGGAAAAUUUCUUUAAUUGAGAGGGUAGAUAUACCUCCAAGGUCCUAGUUAUUUACAAUGUUGCCAAUAGGCCCAUGUUGUUCGACAGGUUUAUUUGAAAUAAAUGACUCACUUUAUCAAUCUUUGAAUGUUUACACUGCAAGGUCGCUUGUGCAGCCUCAGCGAGGGAAAUCCCUGUUAAGUUAGUAAACCCUUGCUUGGUAGUAGUAACUUUAAAACCCAAUGAACAUCGGUGAACUGACGUCCAUCAUUUAUUCAGCUCAUACGUGAUUAGUCUGUAAAGACAAUAGCUCUGUUCUCGACAGUAUUAGCCUACAAAACGAUUCCUUGUCAGACAAACAACAAGUUAAAGAACGUUUUAGGCAAAUACAUACUGUUGACACGUAAGAUAAUGCCCCGAUUUCGUAGCAACCAUAUCAUGUCCCAGUGGCAAGGUUAAUGCGAUAACACAUGUGUUAAUGCGAUAACAGUGGUUUUCUCAAGGUUAAUGCGAUAACACAUGUGUACCCUUUUGCAGCGCAUCGACGAAACCUUAGAUAGUUUACACUAUUGAUAUUGGCACUCGUUAUUUUACAACCCUAGAUUUAGCUCCAGGAUAUUGGCAAGUACCCCUUAAAGAGGUAGAUAUGCCUAAGAUUGCUGUUUCUCAUCACGCAGGUCUUCGGGAAUUUACAGUGAUGCCCUUUGGCCUCUGCAGAGCACCUGCUACAUUCCAGCGACUCAUGGAAAUCAUGCUCGCAGGUCUCAAUUGGGAGUUGUGUUUAUUCUAUUUGGACAAUGUAAUAAAUUUUCUCGUGCACUUUCGAAAAACAAUUAGAUAGACUAUAAUCAGUUAUGUCCCGUUUGCGCACAGCUGGUCUUAAGCUCAAGGUUAAGAAAUGUACUCAGCGAUCAUGAACGAUCAAAUGGAAACCAGGCUUAAAAAAAUCUGACUAAGAUACAUUUCCCUUUGAGGUCAUGGUUUAAAUUUUUGCAAAGCCUGAGAGGGAAACUUGGAUUCACAUUUUUCUUGUAGAGGUUUAUUGGUAUUAUCUAUGAAAGUAAAAAUGAUGCAAAUGGCAUGCAGAAGAUCUUAAACAACCUCCAAGGUUAUGUUCCAAAAUUUGAGGAUAAUGGAACAAUCCAAUAUUCACAGCAAGGCAUUGUAGGAGACCAGUUAACAUUUGGAGAAGGAGUAAAAGGUCUGUUUGAGUUUAAAAUGGGUACAAUGCCACAGAAAGACGUGAGGGAUUUCACUUUAAAAUUGCAGAUUUUCAUGGUGGCAUAUAAGGAGACCAGUUGAGGUAUAUUUGAAUUUUAUAUCAAAUGUGCUGCAUUUUACUUACAGAAAUUAAUACAUGGAAAGUAAAGAUGAAAUAUUUCACCAAUUUGAAUGCUCUGGACCUUGAGUAAUGUUCAGUCUAAAGGUGUACAGGCUUGGUCAACCUUUCACAACUCCAAGGAGUCACCAGGGAGUCACCACGAAGUCACCACGGAGUCACCACUGAGUCACCACAAAAUUUUUCAUUCUUGCAUUGGAGGCAAGAGUUGUUUCAGCUGCAAUGUUGGAACUUGGAAUCACUGAUAGUGAUGAGCUCCCAGGCCUAGACGGACUACCAGGAAACAUUAAUACUUUUUCCAAGCAACAAUAGGUAGAAUGGCUGAAUGCAUUAGCUACUAAAGUGGUUGAUAAAUAUGUCUUGAAUGAAAAAAAUGUUCAAGUUCCUAGAGUCGGAAAAGCAAGUGAUAGGUAUUUGUGUAGGUUUCCUACCUGUCAAAAGUCCUUCUGCUUUGAGAGGAAAAGUUGCCGGGCCCAUGAAAUGACGCACAGAGGGAUAGCAUCAAAUGGGAUUACUAACAAAACUCCCAAGUCAUCUUUCAUGGAGGUCUAAUGUCUAUAAACUGUAACAGUAUCAAAACUGUUGACAAAUGAGCAGAGUUUGCUAGCAAACAAGGCGGUCAGGAAUCAAAACUAGACUUAAAUUACACGUCAUCUGAAGUAUUCCAAGAGGAUAUAACCCAUUUUGUAAAGAUGGAACAGAUAACAGAGUUUUGUCGCUGUUUGUUUCCGUUCGUUGUGGUCGCUGAUGAUGCCUUCCCCCUUAAAGAAUACCUGAUGAAACAAUAUGCACAAAGAGGCCUUACCAAAGAGCAGAGAAUUUUCAAUUAUCAUUGAAGUCGUGCAAGGCGCAUAGUUGAAAAUGCAUUUGGGAUCCUUUCUAACAGGUUUCGUGUAUUUCUCUCCCCAAUCAUGGUUACUCCAGAAAAUGCAGAGAAAAUCGUUCUUGAAAGCUGUGCUCUUCACAACUACUUGAGAUCAAAAGAUUCUGCCAGCUACACACAUAAUGGGUCUUUCGAUUCUGAGUUAGUUGAAACUGGCAAAGCUGUUGCAGGGGAGUGGCGAAAUUGUGAACCAACAUGAUGGCUUCGCUUGCACAACAAGGCUCCAACAGAUAUUCCAAUGAAGCAAAAGAAGUCCGGGAAAGCUUUUCAAAGUAUUUCAACACUGCUGGUGCAGUUCCUUGGCAAGAUGAAUUUGCAUUGGUCAACCAGAGAGAACAUCAUCUUAAUUCUAAAUGAAUAGUUACUUAAUAUAUUUGAGGUUGACUUUCGAGGAACAACGGUAAUUCGUAGAAACAAUAAAACAUUAAAGUAGGGCCUUUUCGAUUUGUAAACCUCAUUUAGACCAUUGCCACUUUUGCUACUCUUUCGAACUUUGGGAAUUUUUUUGAGUAGUAUGUUUGUAAGUUGUUGACUUUGUUUUUACUUCCUUCACUACAAAUAUAGAAACAAUAAUAUAGAUAUAAUACGAUGAUAAUAAUAAUCAUGACAAUAUAAAAACACGAGUUGCAGCGACCAAAAACUAAAGCAAUUUAUUACGUCAAAACCUCUAUUAUGUAGAAUUUAUAUUCCAUUCAAUGAGAGUUAUGAGCAAAGGAUACACAAAGAGAAGUUAUAGAAACAAAAAAUUAUUUCAACCUACCGGUAAUACCAAAUUUUGAUGCAAGUCGAUCCAAACUAGCUUGCUUCUCAUUUCUGUCUUUAUAGGAAGACUCGAGAACAUUCCACAAGCUCCCUUCUUUCUCAUAUUCAGCAAUAAACAAUUAUGUUUCUUCACUUUUAUUGAACUUAGGCAGCGUUGUUUCCAUGUUCCCUUUAAAAUGACUAUAAACAGACUGAAACAAUGCGGAACAUGGCAAUUCGGAUGACGUAGCAGCGUGGGUGAGCAAGAAUGUCAUUCAUUCACCUUUCAAUUUGUCGAAUGGAAUAGAACACGUUCGAUUCUUGAAAAAUCGAAUUCGACAAUCUGACAAUGGCUUUCAACAUUCAAUUUCUCCUCUUACACGGUCAGAUUUUGUCGAAUUUGACAAUCGAAUUCGCUUAAGGGUUUUUUUCUAGAUGUUUUAGUCAGCUAGUCAUGAAAAGUAAAUCUUUGUUGCCAGAUGGAAAGUCCAUCAUGAAAUUAGGAGCACAAUGAGAUGUGAAUGUGGCUAAAGCCAAUUGCUCUGUCUUAAGUACCUACCAAGUCAACAUCCUAUCGUUUGUUGAGACAGGAAUACCUUAUGUAGAAUUAAUUUUCAAAACCAAGGAGGAGUCAUUGAACCUGAAGGAAGAUUUCUUAUUGAUACUAACAGAAAUAUUUUGCAAUAAGAAUAAAAAAAAUAAUGGAGAAAAAAAUUAUAUCAAGUCAUUAUUACUUCUUGUACAAGAAUUUAGCCCUUCUAUUUUUAAGGCUUGCAAAAGCACUUAUGACAUUGGAAUUAAAGUCCACAAAGUUCCUUAUCAGACUUUUUUCUAUUUACAGCAUUGUCUCUCCUCUGACAUCGUGUUUCUUAAAAAUGUCUUGACACGUUUGAGUGUUGAAAACACCUUUUUGCUUCAGAAAAAGACUCCAGUUUUACUCCAUCUAGGAAAAGAAUGAUUCAAUGGCAUUUUUCAGAACAUCUGAUGGGAAGCAUCGCUCAUAACUUGAAAAGGAGUCACUUUCAAAUAAUGUAGCAGUAAUAUGUGAUCAGUGAAGUCAAAUCUCUGGCAGCAAUUUGUAAUUAUUAUGUCACACACUUCACGAAAAACUCUUGAAUGUUCUGCAUCAGAUGUCUCAUAACAUGGCCUUUUGGCAGAAGAAUGUAUCUGUGAAAAAAGACUAGGUAUUAUUUCCUUAACAUUGUCGAUGGCAUGGAUAAAAUACAGUAUGCUCUUCUUGAUAGAUACUGGACAUAUCUGACGCUUUUGUAAUUGAGCAUACAGUAUAUCAACAUUAAAACCGAAAACUUUCGGACGAUCAAACUUUUGCACAAAAUUGUGUCCAAAACUUUAAUUGUCCGAAAUACUUUCUUGUCCGAAAGUUUUAUCGUCGGAAAGUUUGUUUUUUUUAAAUAAAGAAAGCACAAAUAUAGGUUACUUGAAGCGUAUUAAACUACAUAAAUUAUCUAAACAUUGUUCUUGGCAUCUUUCAUCAACAGUUUCCCAUUGUUCUUCCUCAUUUUCAUCAUUUUCCCAAAACAUGUGCCAAGAACUUUCACUUGGCACAUGCCCAACAACAGAAGCUUCUCAAAGGUGUUUUGAUCCAAUACAUUUAUCGACGCACUGAUCCAAUACAUUUAUCAUUUAUCUACCAUCAUUGUCCUUCAAUCUUUGUCUUUAUGUAAUGACAUCCUUUCUUUUGUUCCAUGGUCUUGUGCUGAAUUGCAUACAUAUAUUCAUCAGAACUGGAUUCAUUGUCCUUGUUGUUAUGGCGCUGUAAAGGCUUUACUUGGUUUCUUUUGUUUAUUGUUGGGUUGCAAUGCAUUCUAUGAAAUGUCUGUCCUUUUUUCGAGUUUUGACAGACACUUGCAAAAUCAUCAGUUUUAUUGCACUUUCGGCAAACCUUCCCUUUUGCAGAACAUCUUUGCUCUUGCAGCUAUGCUCCUCCACAAUUGUUCUCAGCAUGUUCUUUGUCCUCUUGCUUUCGGUUUUGCCUGUUGCGCUUGGAAUUGGUUCGUCACAAAAGUUUCCUCGGUUUUAGAUUCAAUGUCCUUCGCUUUGUACAAGCUCAUUUCAUCUUGCUGACCAUCUAAUAACAUGUCUUUCAAUUUUUAAUCUGGAUCCCUCAGAGCACGUCUUCGUAUUUUAGAAGAAGAAGAAAUUGGGAUUUUCAAAUUGACAGUUUGUAGAGAGGUUUCGUAAUCUAGUAUGAAACUUAUCCAGGGUCUCUCCCUCCUCUUGAAGAGUUUGACGAAAUUUGUAUACCUCGUAUCAGCGAUUGUUUUGAGGCUCGAAGUAAGCAGUGAGUUUUUCCUUUGCAAUUUCAUAAUCGGCAUCAGCCCCAAUAUCAUCAAGUUGGUGAAAAAUUUCUCAAACACAAGAACCAGCUUGAUACAGAAGUAAUGCCCUCUCGGAUAGCAUCGCGAAUUCCACUUUCGAUGAGAAACAAAUUGAAGUUGCUCAACCAGAGACGCCAUCGUGCUGCUAAACUUGAUCCAACCUCGCCAUCAGGGCUGAAUUUGGGUACCGGUUUGAGGUUUAAGGCUGUAUGAUGCUGUAUUUGACUCAUCACCAAUCUCAUAACCUGCACUUUGAGGUUAACGCAAGAGAGAAACUUCCACUUUGCCAACAUAACACUCUAUGCAUCAUACAGCGAAUAGUAUAUUAAAUAAUACAAUAGUCUUGCUAAUUAGCAUCUUUACUCCAUAGGGAGAGUCCAUAUUGUAAAAACUAUUUACAAGGAUAUGACAUAAUUCUUCAAAUAUACUUGACACAGUGAGGAAGUGGUGAGAGAAACAGCGAAAAGAAAAAUAACACUGCAGGUGGAGAGAGAAGCCAACCCCAUGGCCCAGGACUCAUCUUCAGAAAGAUCAGUCUCUGUGGUGGAAACCUAUUGUUUUACAAUUUGUCCCUGGAGUAACUUUGCUACAGCGAACAUUUGCAUCAUUUUUCAUAGAAUGGAAAGUAUUUAUACUCAAACUAUUGCCAGUUGAGGAUGGCACGUUUAUGGAAAAACUUCAUGGAAACGCCGUAAAAGAGGCCAGACCGUUUUUGCUGAAAAAUAACAAGACAAAAUUACUUUGAACUCAGAUCCUUUCGUUGUGGCUUGGAGGCUCAGCCUCUGUUGUGGGGCAUAUGCAUAAUUGAAUUGUAGGUUUGCAUUUCAAUGUAUUUCUGUACACUUUCACCAAAAUUUUACAAUCAACACGUCUUAGCAGCUAAUUGUGCUAGAAAAAAGAUUCAAACAUUUAGAUUUGAAAGUGACAAUCAGCUUGUUUUCUCAUAUUUAUCCCUUUAGCCGAAACAGGCAUCAAUAUCUCGAGCCAAUGUUUGAUGCAAAGCCUUUAGUAAUUAAUUGAAAUAAAAUAGGAUACAGUAUUUUUUAUCAGUCACAGAGUUUUCACUUUUCUCACUUGGUCCAGCUAUUUUUAUCCUCUUAUAAGAUUAAAAGAAACUCAUUUUUGUCAGAAACUCAUCAGCCUGUUUUUCAAAAUUUAUUCGAAAUUAAAGAAAAAGUUCUAGUUAUUGAUUGCACUCACACUGCCAUGCCGUUGCAGUAUUUGCAGAGUAUGGUUUCAUCGUCCAAAGCUGCCAUCCAAGGUCUCAGAAAUCAGUUGUUCAUUCUUUGUGAAUGCAUUGCUUUUGCGGACAGACCACUUGUAGACCUUAGAAUAUAGAUAUGAAAUGUCUGGACCCAGGAAGAAUUAAACUGAUUAAAAGCUUCCAAGCUUUUCCUCAACUCCAUUGUCUCUUUUGUGUACAUUCCUUCAACGAGAAUGAACAAAUAAUCACCUUAGGCCUAUGUAUAUUACAGAUUGUCAAAAAAAAAUAUGAAGCGAACAUACGAAAGAUUAUCAAUACGUUUUCUUACCGGGUGUGUUUAUGUUCAAUGUUAAGACACUGUGUUGGAUCACACAACAUCUGCACGCAAGUGAUAUAGACAAUUAGCCGCUGAGGUUUUCUAAUCAACCAUCGCAUAUAUUUCGAUCUAUGUAAACGAGAUUUUUAAGAAAGAAAAUGAAGAAAAAAGAGAUGUAUUUACCUUAACUGCAACAUAUCUAAGGCUCAGGCCGCAUUUGUUUUCAACCACCGAUUUUUGUUGUUAAGGUAACCACAGUGAAAGAGUCUAUUAGCCUACAUUAAGUAUAAGUUAUCGCAAUUGUGACUCUGCAACCCCCAGGUUAAGAGUUUCUCAAAAAUUUUCCAUAACAUUGAUGAAAAUGCCAUCCAAAUGGUUUGCAGGACUAACAAUGUUUCUAGAACUGUUUUUCCCAUGCAGAAAGUUUCAAUGUGGUCUUCACUCAAAAAUAUUCAGGAAGCAGAAACACAAAAGGAGAUUCUUCGCAGCAGUUGAUAACUUGAAUUUCUUGGGGUUAUUGGAUUUCUUUGUCAAAUGAAAGACAUGUCGAACAAGAAUCAAAAUUGAUUGAUUCAUUGCUUCAAUCUUAUUGGUGUAACUUUGAGAGUAACAGGUUCAGAUUAGGACAACAAAACAAGCUUGAAGCCAGUAUCACAACUCAGAAACACAGAUUUCAUUUGAACAGCAAAUUUAAGCAAAGCACUUAUUAAUGAUUCCAUUGGUUGCUCGGAAAAUUGCCACAUGCAUGACAGCUUUCCGUGGGUUCAAGAAGUGUGUUCCUUGGUAUAUCAACCACAAAUAUAGAACAAUAAUGGACAAAGCAACUGAUGAGAUAAUCUCUUUAUUUGAUUAUAGGAAGCAAGAAUUAAGUAGACAUCUACUUUCAUCAGUAGGGGUAUAUUACGAGGGUGAAGUUUUCCAUGUUUGUGAGUAUAUUGCAUCCAAACUGAACUUUUUUUAACUUGAUGAUUGUUUGAUUGAUUUUAAAAAAUUUGCAUAAUACUUUUAUUGCCUCUUUUCCUGCCACAGAUUCCUGUUGGUUUAGUCAUGAAAAACGAGUCAAUAGGUGCUAAAAUGAUAGAUAUCUUGGAAUUAGUACAACAUCGAUAUAUUCCUUGCAUCAAGGCGGGAGAUAGUGAAAAUAGAAAGAAGCAGAUUGUCGAGAAACUAUUUUUGGUGGUGAUAAUUUGACAGAGGAGCGAGCAUGGAACAUACAAGUAGCAAUGGCUCAUGGAGAAACUGCGUAUGAAUGUCUCAAAGGAAUUAGUGAAAUUUCGAAAAAUGAAGUCUGGGAUGCUUGUUGACUGUAUAAAGUUGGUUAACUUUAGGAGUGCAAUUUAGGUGUGUCAUAUGAUGUUAACUUGCUGGACACAGUUUAGUCACAUCGUUUCUGUUUUAAACAAAGUCGAAAGAAGAAUGUUGAAAGUAUAAUGAUAUUGAGAAUGUUUGUUGGACUGAAAUUAUGUUGGGUAUGAUAUGAGAAGCAAUUUCAAGAAAAAGUUUGUCAUCAAACCUGCUGAGAACAAAAAGAAUCUAAAUUCAGACUGUCAUCAGACUGAAAACUUGCGAUUAUUUCAUAAAGCAGAUUAUGACCAAGAUGAAGCUGGCCAGAAGACUGGUGCAAACCAUAAAAUAAACAUGGCUAAUUCAAGCUUACAGGCUGGGGCACAUUUGCUACAAAUUGAACUGCACAAGACACGAUAAUGUUGCAAAGUCAGGCCUCUUUUAUAAAAGCUCAGGAAUAACUGCCUUCAAAUAAAGCUUGAGGAACACAACUCUCUUGAUGAACAGAUUAUUCUCUUCAAAGGAUGAAGUAGCCUGAGCAGGUAUUUACCAAAAAGCCAAAGAAAUCUGGAUUUAAGCUGUUUUCACAAAAUAGGUAGAGUGGAUUUUGCUAUGCUUUGACAUGGAUGGAGCCCCGAAUCAUGUGAAAUAUUUUCUUAUGAACAAAAUUUGACAUCUGUGGGCUUGAUUACUUAAUGAUUAUUUUAUAAUUGCACUUAGCUGUUAUUACAAUAUCACACAUUCUCUUAUUUUUAUUCCCUUCUAAAAUUGUUUAAUUCUCAUUGAUGUUCUAUAAAAUAUUGCGGUUGACCAUUCAUUCGUAUUUAGCCAAAUUAACUUGGAUAUUGUAUAUUUAGUAUAAUUAUGUUAACUGGUAUAUUGUAAUUAAUCAAUUUUAUGUUGAAAAAAAUAUUUUGAGUGUGAGUUUGAGACUGUAGGUCAAAGUUAUAAGCUAUAUUUUGAUAACUAUUUCACCUGUGUUGUGUUGUUACUGAGAUUGAAGGAAUCAAAGUUUUGAGCAAUUGGCACACUUUGUCAAGAAAGACUUAAAGGAUGCCAAUUGAAAUCUGAAAAAGAAUUGAAAAAAGAGAGCCGUGGCUCUUUUGAUGCCUUUGUUGAUGUAAAUUCAGGUUUGACUUUUGUUGGUCCAAUUUGCAUCCAAUUAUGUUUACACAGAACCAGUUGAAUCAGUAAGGAUAUGGCCUUCAAGUAAAAGGAUAUAAAUUGAAGUAGGAAGACCAGCAAUUGUUGAGGCAUACAGCAGAGGUAUGGGCUUUGUGGAUCUAUUUGAUGUGUUCCAAGCACUUUACAGGAUGGGGCACAGGAGCAGAAAAGGCAACAUGAGGAUUUUUUUGGAUCCUUGGAACAUUUCUAUAAAUGCAUGGAUUUUGUACAGGAGACUUGCAAAGCUAAAAUAAGUCCCAACUUGCUAGACUUCACUUCACUUGUAGCAAAAGCACUUGUGAAGGAAGUAGUGGAGAAAUAAAGGAAGAAGUCGGCCUAACAGUGAAGCAGUAGAAAAUUCCAAGAGACCAAGGAGAGCUCCAGAUACGCUAGGUCCUGGAGCAACCACUUGCUUUGUUGGGAAAAAACACUUGCCUGUCCAUAGACAGGAUAGACUGAGUUGUAUUACAUAUCGAGGGAAAACAAGACUGGGAUUUCAAAAAUGUGAAAAAGAAUUAUGCUUGACUGACAAAAAGGAACAGCUUUUUGACAUUUCAAAAGAACUAUAUGACAUUUUCAAUUGAAAUAUUUGUAAAAAGAAUGCUCUUGGUGAUUUUUCAUAAUAAGUAUUUUCAAAAUAUUGCUUUCUUAUCAGCUGGUUCUGUACCAUUAGUUUCCCUGAGUUCCGGCAAGGACCAUAUAGUCCUGCCCCCAAAUUUACCCCAAAUGACAAUCAAUUUAAAAUUUAACAAUGAAAAUCAAAUUUAGAUAUUUUGAUUAAGAGACAAUUUGGAAAAAUAUCAUAAAAGAAGCUCGAAAGGAAGUGCUUCCUUAAAACCAACCUUGGAAGCUGACGUCAGUAUUCCAAGACUUUUGGCAGGUAUUGUAGUAACUACUCAUAACAUUUAUUUCUGCCCAUUUUUUCAGUCAAAAUUUUUUACUCGAAAUAAUUUUUGAUGCGGCAAAAAUGAUAGACUAUGACCCCCAAAACCCAGCUCCCAGAGCGGCAAAAAUAUUUGUUUAACAAGAGGAAAUUAUGCGGUGUUGAUCCAUCUUCAUAUUCUCCAUAAAUUCAUCUCAAAUCAUCAGAUCUAUCAGCCAUAAUAUCAGGAAUGAGGCAUGAGAAUGGUAGAAAAAUGAUCCAUCAGUGAAUUCUCCUAUCAACAUACACUGAAGCUCAAUGCAUAAAUCACUAGAACAAAGAUGCUAGAGGCAAAGCUCGCAAAAUGAUUGGUAAGUCAGUCGAAUAAAUUGGGAAUCUGCGCGGUCAUCUUUUAACAAAGCUUUUCUGCACCAGGCAAAAAUGCUAUUGUUCUCGUAAGUCAGUAGAGGCGAUGUAUGAUCAAGAAGGCCAAUUAUUUUUACAGGAGUUAGUAUGAGAAUUUUUUUGGGGUCCGGACAACGUAUGGAUUUUAAGACUGACUUCCACUGACUUACCAAUCAUUUGCAGCCAAGCCAAAACAAUACCCUCCUGCCCAGCAUUUCUGCAUCUCAGUACAGCAAAUGCUUGGCAGAGGUUUUCGUAUUUGUGUCUGAGGAAUUAGCUACAUUCCGGAUACAACAUGGAUAUUUUAGAGUUAGUUGAGUCGCUUAUUGUCUCUAAUGACACAGAGAGACUUCAUAGCAUUUACGCUGAUAAUAUCAGGGCAUUUGGGAAGCAAACAUCUAUCUCUGUAUCUGCAGCUCUUGGCCUUCCGAGGGACUUUGCAGCACAACAUUUUAUCCCUUGGAACAGACUGGAUAUAGCAGGAGAAAAAACUGCUUACGCAGGAAGGGUCAAGGAGGAUGGAAACUGCAUGUACAAUGCCUGUUCUUUGGCUAUCAGUGGAAAAGAAGACAUGUCUCAUCUACUGAGAGCAUUAACAUCUGCUGAACUUUACCUCUAUUCUGAAUUCUAUGCCUCUCAUCCCCAUUUUGCAACACUUCUUGCCUCUGAAAGAUCUUCUGCCCUCUUGGUAACUUUCUUUUCUCAUUCAAUUUCCCAUGAAGCAAGUGAUUUGCUUACAGGUUUUUUUAAAAAUUAUGCUGAUUGUGUUAAACAUGAGGCACUCAAAAACUGUCAGGAUAGGAGGUGGAGCCCAUUUAUUUGCAUCAUGGCAUUAUCUAAUGUUCUUGGUCUGCCUGUAUUUUCCUUUUAUCCAGAAACUUGUGGUAGAAGGUAUGCUAUAAAUUUAAGCAAUGCAAAAAUUUUUCCACGAGAUGGUACUUGUCAAAAUAUUGAACCAAUCCGACUACUUUGGUCCAAAGCAGGUGGUGGUAAAAAUGACCUUAAUCCAUCCUUCAAAGCAAACCAUAUUGUUCCACUUUUCCUGGCAGAGAAGGGCUCUUUACAACAACCUGUAAUAUCCACUAUUGUUCCUAAGAAUGAACAGUGCCCAAAAUGGAAGCAGCCAGAAAAGCAAGCCGAGAUUUCUUUUCCCAAAAAGGUUUCAAUUAAGAUGCCUUUGGAAUCAGUGAAUCCAAGAGAGAAUGAAACUGUAGAACCAAACCAACUUUCAUCAGCAUCAAAUCUUCAAAAUCUGAUUGCCAAUGUGACAGACAUUGGAUCUUUUUACCUGAAUACUGCUAGUAUGACAGAUAUGGAGAGGUAUGAAAAGAUGCUUAAUGUUUGGAAGCCAGAUCCAAAAUUUGCAUUUCCAAGCAGACAAAUUCAUGGAAAAAGCAGGAAAUUUGUAUAUUCUUGGCUCAUAAAUUACCCUUGGCUUGCAUACUCGAAGCUAUUAGAUGGUACUUUUUGUCUACCAUGUGUUCUGUUUGGGAGAAAAACUGGUCAAAAUGCAUCUAAACUGGAUAAGUUGAUGAAAAGCCCUUUGACAGAUUGGUCUUCUGCAAGUUAUAGAAUUAAAGAGCAUCAAAAUAAGUCAGAAAUUCAUAAAACUGCACUCGAAACGAUGAACAGGUUUAAGAAUGUCAUGGAAAGCAAAGAGAAACCCAUCGAUCUUAUUCAAAAUAAAUCUUUAGACAAAGCUGUGCAGCAAAAUAGGUUGAAGUUAGCUUCUAUUGCCAAAUGUGUUCUUCUAUUUGCAAGACAAAAUAUUCCUUUACGUGGUCACAGAGAUGAUUCACAAUACUACGAUACAAGUGAUUGUGGCAAUUUUCAAGCACUUUUAGAUUUUCGCGUUGAAAGUGGUGAUAGGAUCUUGGCAGAACAUUUCAAGACGGCUCCCCGAAAUGCAACAUUCAAAUCAAAGACUGUGCAAAAUGAACUUAUUUCUUGUAUUGCAGAAGAUGUGAACCACCAAAUAAUAAAGGAAAUCAAGGAAUAUGGUCCUUAUUCAAUUUUAGCGGAUGAAGUCUCGAUUGUUCUAAUCAGCAACAGAUGCCUUUGGUCAUACGUUAUGUUGAUGGGAAUGGAGAUAUUCAGGAACGAUUCAUGAAAUACAUAAUUUGUGACACUGGAACAACUGGAGAUGCUCUGAAAACAAAGAUUUUGAAUUGUAUUACAAAUGAUUUGAAUUUGGAUAUUAUGGAUUGCAGGGGACAGUGCUAUGAUAGUGCUGGUAAUAUGGCUGGAAAGUACUCUGGUGUUGCAUCUCGAAUCCUUGAGAUUAAUGACCAAGCUCUUUUUACGCAUUGUGCUUCACACAGGCUAAAUCUUGCUGUUGCUGCUUCAUGCAAACUGCAGUGUAUUAAAAAUAUGAUGGAAUUUAUUCGGAAAAUCGCUCACUUUUUUCAUACUCCAAAACGACAACUUCUAUUGGAACAGAUGGUAAAAAAGCAUUUGAAGAACUAUUCACAUACAAAGCUUAUAAAUCCUUGCGAGACAAGAUGGAUUCUUCGCAUCGAUGCUUUGGAAAGAUUUAUGGAUAUGUACAUCCCAAUAUCAGAAGCUAUGCGAACCAUUCGUGACAACAUAGACGGAAAUUGGGACGAUUGCUCUGCUGAUGCCUUCACCUAUUUCUUUGCACUACAAAGUUUUGAAUUUAUCAUGACGCUGAUUAUUGCUAGAAUGCUCCUGUGCUAUACACGUUCAGCAACCAUUCGCAAUUCCGUUUUUGGACCAUUUUCUUCAAGAGCUGCCUAAAAGAUUUUCUCCCCAAAAUCGCAUUGCAAUAAAAGGAAUUUCCAUAGUCCCUGGGAUGCUCCAAGCAGAAUACAACAACAAAAGUGGCCAAAAGCGAAACUGGAAGGAAACCUUAGAAAGUGGUAUGGAAGACGUAAACAAUGGAACAUAUGCUUCUUCUAUCACCGAUGUAUCGUUAUCUGAUGUUAGGAAAGUGGGGCAGCCAGCACUAACUAAGAAAGCACCAGCAAGCAAAACUAACAUUGAACAGAAAGCAGUCACAAUCCAACGCUGUGAUAAGCUGUGGAAAAAAAAUCUUGAGACAUUUUGCAAUCAAUAUGCCAAUGAUUUGCCUGACAUAUCCUUCAUCUCCCACGAGGUAGACAACUUGGAAUCUGCCUGGAUAGAUGUUCCAGGACAGCCUAAAAAUAUUUUGGACACUUUGAAGAUGACCAAUAAGAUUUCAUUUCCAAACAUAUACGCCUGUCUCAAAAUACAGGCUGUUUUGCCAGUAACAUCGUGCACUUGUGAACGGUCUGCUUCCUCUGUUAGACUGCUCAAAACAUAUCUAAGAAGUAGGAUGACCUUAGAACGACUGAAUGGCCUAGCAACAACAUACACUCACCGGGAUAAAAAGGUAGAUAUUGAAAAAGUUAUUAAUAACUUUGCAAGGAAAAAAAAGCGGAGAUUAAAACUUGUAAAUAUUCUUGACACUGACAACAAUAUGGAAACCAUUGAUGAAGCUAUAGUUUCUGAAAUAUAUUAGAACAGUUAUCAGUUUAUAAGAAUCCCAAUGAAGUCAUAACAAAGUAACCAAAGUAUUAAAGUAACACAUCAAUUUGUUCUACAUCAAAGUGGAUCCAAAUAUCCUUAUUAAGUAAAGCACAGGAAAGGACAGUAUCCAGCAAUAUAAUAUAUUUUUAUCUUUCAAUGGAUAACAGUUUCUGAAUAUCAUAUUCCUAUUAAGUGAAGCACAGCAAAGGACAGUAUCCAGCAAUGCCAUAUCUUUUUAUCUUUCAAUGAAGAACAGU